AUGCGUCCAGGUGGCAAGGAUUAUUAUCGUGCUUUCCAUGCAAAGAGCCAUACAAAAUUACCGGUUCGUUGUGUAAUUUUACGUACACUACUUACUAAGAUAGGACAAAGUGAACAAGAAGCGGAAUUAUUCACUCCACCUCAUUCACAACUGAUGGCUUACGACCAGUUAAUUUAUGAGCGCCUCAAACUUAAUCUACUCUUUAAGGUUCAAAAGUGUCGAUCUAACUUCCAAUAUGAGAUUCUUCUUGCUGAUGGAAGAAAUCACAUUGAGAAACUUUUCGCUGCCAGUUGA